CAUAAUGGUUCAUGGUAUCUGAAAGUUUGUGAUUCUAAUCAUAAUUAUAAUUUUGACAAUAACAUGCCAAGACAUCUAAUUGUCUAUCAAUUUUCAGAGCAACAGUUGAGAAGUGUUGUAGCAAUAAUAACAGCUAGUUCUUGUCCUGAAGAAAUUGUAUCAACCCUUCACUAUAAUGAUCUAUCUAUAUUAAUUUUGAACAAAGAUAUUUAUAAUUCUCAUGAAUGGCUUC